UGAAGUUGCGCUAUAUAGCACUUCGCGACAAUGAAGACCAAAGUAAUCAUUCUCUUGACGCUGCAACUCGUGACCUUGGUGGUAACUAAUCCAAAUCAGGAAAAUGGAAACAGUUUGGAGAAUUUAGAAGAAAAGCUCACGAGGGCGAUGGACGAAUUCAAUAGAAAAGACACCAUCGACAUUUAUGGUGACAUGGUUACCCUGAGGAAGGUCCCAGAAGACGGAAAUUUGUCGCAACAGAGUCCAGAUCCGCUCGUGAGCAGAAUCGAGAAAUUCCUACAAACUCGAAAAAUACAUAUUAAUCUUCCUGAUGAUGCUUCAACCAUCGGUUUGUUCGGACGCGCUCUCGGCCAGAAGAACAUUGACAUAGAACUUAGAAGUCUAACAAACGGAGCUUCCGAAGCUCGUACAAGAUUGAAGAAGCUGGUUGUACCACUCUUGCUUCUGUUGGGUUUAAAGGCAAUCAUUAUUUUGCCCAUCAUAAUCUCCGUAAUUACUUUGAUAAGCAUUAAGGGCAUAGGCGCAGGUAUUAUGUCGAUGAUUCUUUCCGGCGCAAUAGGCUUGAAAGCCCUUAUUACACCACCGCCUGUACCAAGAGUCAGUUAUGGCAUUGUAAGGCCGCAUGAAAUUCAUCACGAUCACUGGCACAGGUCGGAACAAGAAAUUAAUGAACCCUACAGAGGCUGGACACCGGAAUACAAUGGCGAGCAAUAUCCAUAUCAUGAUACUCCGUAAAAUAUCCUUGCCACUUGUUCGUUUAUUUAUUUAUUUAUUACGUGUCUCUGACACAUACUUGCUUUAUGUAUAAAACCAAAUAAAUCGUCUUUUUUCUACAA